CAUGGUCUGAUAGUCUGACUCUUUCUCUGCCGUCAAUCCUUUCAAUCUGGUCUAUAACAGACCAGAUCAGACAAAACAAAGCCUCUCUUUCCCCUUUCAGAGAUCGCAGACGAUCUUUCGUGAAUAAUCACCAUGGCCGACUCGACGAGUCCCUCCCCCGCGUCCCUGAACACCCUGUUCGAUGAGGCCUCCUCGCUUAGGGAGCGGUACGACCCCGUCCGCCUGGCCGAUGCAGAUAUCGUCCCCCUCCUACAGCUGCCUUCCGCAAAGGCCGUCUUCGGACACAAUGCGACGGACGAGAGCGCCCUCGCCCGUGUCGCCCGGGAAGAGAUCCCUUACACAACCUUCUUGUCCGAGAAGGCCAGGGCGGUCUCCCAAGCACCCGUGGAAGGCCUGACUGUCGAACAACAACGCUCCCAAUUGCUCCAUGUCGGUCUGGCGGCCCUCUUCGGCUUCCUGCAGUCGAAUGUCACCGGUCCUCCUUUGGACUUCAACCCCGCGGAGCUUAUCAUUCCUGCGACUCUGCGGCCCGACGCUGCGGCCUUGAGAGCCGUCCGCGCUCAUGUCAUCCGUGACCUCUCGGUGGACGGUGAAGCGGCCUACAAGCUAACUCCUAACGUUGAGCUGUUUGCUGUUGCGAAGGCGCUUCUGGCUGACGCUGAUGUUCUGCUGGCGAAUGGCCCGGUCGUGGCGAGGACUGCACGGGUUCGCGUGAACUUCCUACACCAGAAGAUGCUGUCCGAAGUUACGGGCACCUUGCAGGAUGCCAUCUACAACGAUGUGAAUGAGCUCGAGAGGAUCGUCCUGAGCGACAAGUGCACUGCUCAGGAGAAGGGCCGGUAUCUGCUCGAGAGAGCGACGAUCCAUACCCACCACAGCUUUGACGCCAAGGCCAGGAAGGAUCUCGAACAGGCUGCCGCAGAGAGGAAGUUCGAGUUUGCGUUGACCGGUAAACUGGGAAAGAGGACCAAGUUCCAGGAUCGUGAUAUCAGUCAGCUUGUCAUUCUGGCCAAGAGCGCCGACGACGUGUCCGAGACAGUGGGCUCGUCGGAGGCGAACGACACGCCCUCUGGGCCCAAGAAACUGGAUCUCAACGAUGAUACCUUGCUCGAGUCCAUCUCCUUCACCAAGAAGAACGGACAGCAGUCGGAGGACAAGCAGGUGACUGUCCAGGAUGAGAACCUGCCCCCAGCCCUGGCGGACCUUGAUCCCGGAAAUCAGCCCAAGCUCGACCCUGUCGACUCUGCUAUUCUGCUUGCUCUCGCAUCGGCGAUCACCAACACCUCACCUGAGGACGGUCUGACUCGUGAGGAAACUGCGCCCUACGCCACCCGCGUGCUCGAGGGCGGCAGCUCAAACUGGCAGAUUUACACCCAAGCCUUGCUCGUGCGCAGUCGGGUCGAGGGAUACAAAUCUCGGACGGUCGAGAGAUCCGUCCUGCAGAUGCAGGCCCUCGUGGACCAGGUCAUCGCCGACACGGCCACCUCCGACGCCCAAGCCGGCACCUCCGUCGAAGAGCCCACAACCUUCCUCCCUCGCCCCGAGGAAUCCGAGUCUGCGUCCGCCGCAGAGCGUCUGGAGUACAUCUGGAUCCUGAACUCCUCGACCCGAUGGGACCUUGAAUCGGAACUCGCCACCCGGUGGGUUAACCUGGGAGGUCUGCGCACUGCCCUGGACAUCUACGAGCGUCUGCAGAUGUGGGCGGAGGCUGCUCUCUGCUACGCCGCCACGGAACGCGAGGACAAAGCCAACUUCCUCGUCCGCCGACAGCUGUACCAGCCCACCGGCACGGAUCUCGAUGACGACAACGAGAAGUUCGACGGACCCGAACUGAACCCUCUCCCCGCCGACGCCCCCCGUCUGUUCUGCAUCCUUGGUGACAUCAACACCGACCCCACCAUGUACGAGCGUGCCUGGGACGUUUCUAACUCGAGAUACGCGCGUGCCCAGCGUUCCCUGGCCCGUCACUACCUGACCAUGAAGCCCCCGGCCCUCGACAAAGCCGAGGACGCGUACCUCAAGAGUCUGCACAUCAACCGGCUCAAUCACGGCGCGUGGUUCGCCCUCGGGUGCGUGCAACUCGAGCUCCAGAAAUGGAACGACGCCAUCAAUGCCUUCACCCGCACCCGCAAACGCGAAGCCCUCGCGGCCCUCCAACGCGCUGCCCAACUCAAACACACCGAUGCCCGCAUCUGGGACAACGUCCUCACUGUUGCUGCCUCCAUCCCACCCCCCUACACGCCCUUCCGCGAAGUCAUCACGGCCCAGAAGCGGGUCAUCGAGCUCCUCGGCGCCAAGAACGGCGAGAAAUGCAUCGACCUGCCCAUCCUAGGCCUGCUGAUCGACCACCUCGUCACGGCCUACGACUACGAAAACCUCCUCAUCGUCGACCCCACCGCCCCGGACUCUUCCGCAAAGGUCAUCCGCAGCGGCACCAUCGCCGGUCAAAUCCUCUCCCUCGUCGACGACAACAUUGUCCCGCUGAUCACUCACUCCGCGCCCCUGUGGCUCCUCGUCUCCCGCGUCGAACUGUUCCGCGAACGCCCCUCCAAGGCCUUCGAGGCCCACGAGAAGGCCUGGCGUGCCACCGUCGCCUCCAAUACCCAGGGUGCGUUCCAGAUGGGCGAGGAGAAGAAUUGGUUGGAUGUUGUCAAGGCCACGGAGCGCCUGGUCAGGGAUGGAUAUGCCCGGUAUGGUCCGAUGGAUAAGGAGGGUCAGACUUUGGCUGAGGGGCAGGAGGCCGAGAUGGUUGCUAAGGAUUGGAGAUUCAAGGCGAGAAGUGCCGUUAGGGGCGUCCUUGGUAAGGGGAAGGACUUUUGGGAGGAUAGUGAGGGUUGGUUGCGCUUGAAGGAGUUGCAGACGGAGGUGGGCAGUUCGUGAUGAUUUAUCCUUUGUGUGUUGAGUUGUUGCAUGGUUAUGUUCGUUCAUGUUUAUGUUUAUGUUCAUGAUGUGAGAUGGUUUUUCUUGAGAUGAUUUCUUUCCUUCCUUCUUUCUUUUAUGUGCAUAGACAGAGAAAAGUAGGCGUGGUGUGGUGUGGUACUUAGGGGUGUGCUUUCUUUGUUAUUA